UCGAACACAAUCGAUGAACAUAUCCGUCAUCCGCCGCCAUUUGCCCAAGGAAGGCCGAUCGCUACUUUGAGGUGUAGCGCAGUGUCCGUCGGUUCGACUAUGUCGAGUGCAUAAUUUGUUUUUUUGCCCAACUAAACUGUGAACUGAGUGUACAUUUAAUCAGUUAAAAUGAUUGUGAGGUUUUUAAUCCUUGUAUGGGUCGGAGUUUUGCUGGCUUCGGCACACAACGGCGAAGGAAACAACGACAAUGAAGACAUUCCAUACUUGGAGCUCGCGGAGCCGGAUGAGGGAUACCACGGGCUGAUCAGAGAGAACGAGACACUGGUGGAAGUGAGACCUACGAUACGUGCCAGGGGUCCACUAUGCUCCUUCCUCAUUCUGAAUAAUAAGCAUCAUGGGGAGGCACCGUUUGAGAUAAUGGUGAUUGACGAGAAUGAGGCGCGACUGCGGGUCCGGUACCCGCUGAACUGUGAAAAGAGACGAAACUACAAGUUUGACAUCGCCGCUGUUGGGUGUGACGGCUCCUAUUCUAAUACUGUCCCAGUCCACAUAACAGUAACGGACGUGAACGAAUUCGCACCAAUAUUCAGCCAAGCGGCGUACGUACGAUCUGUGGACGAAGGCAAGAUUUACGACGAGAUUGUCAAAGUUGAAGCGACUGAUCGGGACUGCACACCGCGGUAUGGAGAUAUCUGCAAAUACGAGAUCUUAACUGAUAGAAGCCAGCCGUUUACUAUUAACAAUGAAGGUGUUGUCCGCAACACGGAACCUCUAGACUACGAAAAGUCCCACAACCACAUCUUAUCAGUGGUGGCGUACGACUGUGGGAUGAUGCAAUCCGCACCAGUCAUGGUCACCAUCAAAGUUAACAAGCCCUGCAGAGCUGGAUGGAAAGGAAUCGCAGAACGCGUGGACUACGCUCCAGGCACUGGUCCUCUGGCCCUGUUCCCCGCUGCGAGAUUGGAAGCGUGCUCAAGUGACGAACGCUGCCCCGGCGUCACGCGGAUUCAGGCCGCCGUGACACUGCAAGCGUCACGCGUGGGCGUCGCAUGCGAUCGCGACACGUAUACGUUGCAGGCACAGAAGUCCAUUUGCGGUAUGGAAUCCAACACGAUUGAUUUACUACCAAGCCCUGGCGUCGGCAACGAAUGGACCAAGUCUUUGAAGCCUGAUUCUGGUCGCGACGGUGAACAAAUGUUUGAAUUCGAUGGUGAGUCUACGUCUGCCGUGGUGCCGGAAUCACUGAUGAAGCACACCUUGGGGACCACCUUCUCAGUCUCCACCUGGCUCCGUCACGCCCCACCGCCAGACCACGACAAGCAUCGCAAAGAGCACAUACUAUGUCUCGCUGAUGACCAUAAAAUGAACAGACACCACUACGCGUUGUUCGUGCGAAACUGUCGUCUGAUACUUCUCUUGAGGAGGGACUUUGGAGAAGGUGAUCUGAACAUUUUCAGACCUGCUGAGUGGCGCUGGAAGCUACCAGAGGUGUGUGACGAUGAAUGGCAUCACUACGCUGUGAACGUACGUUUCCCGAACGUUGAGCUGUACGUGGACGGUGAGCUUUACCGCGCUCUGGAUGGAAAAGGACCGGAAGUUAUUGAUGACUGGCCUCUUCACCCCGCCCAUGGAAUUAACACUACUCUCGUGGUUGGGGCUUGCUGGCAAGGCACAGAAAGCGACAUGAAGCACCACCUGCACGGAUGGAUGGCAGGUCUCGGAGUGGUCGAAGGUGAAGUACAAUCUCCAGCAGCUUUACGCUGCGCCGCUAGAUGUCGCGAGGGAUUGUCUCUGGCCCCUGAUCUAUAUCUGAAAUCCGUAUCGGUAGAGGGAGACGGCGCAUCCGAAGUUGAGACUUUAGUACGUCGUGUCGCGUACGGUGAUGCACGAUCUUUCCCGACCCCUGGAAGACGGAACGUACAUCUUGAUACUACUAUUACUUGUGAUAAUGGCCGUGUGAUCAAAGCAAGACCGGCUGAAUCUUACGUAAUGGUACUCUCGCCCCAAACACCAACAAUCCUACUCAACGGCAGUUCUGAUGCUGCAAGGGAUUACGCUCAUUUCAGAGCGGGUCUUCCGGUCUUUCCGGACUUGGAAGUUAAGGUUUUGUCGCGUGAUAGGGAUUCGCUGAAAGAAGCAGAAACACAAAAAUUAGAUUCGUGCGUCGUAUCCGUAUAUCCGGCUUUGAAUCCGGAUCAUGAAGCGCUCGCUCUGCGCGGACACUCGGUCCUGCCCGCUUCGGAUAUCCGGGCAACGCUUACUCGGGACGGAGUCAGUUUAACUGGUGCCGAUACUGUGCAUAAUUAUCAAAAGGUCUUACGUGAAAUCGAAUAUAGCAACAAAAAGCCUGCCUACUACCUCAACCGCGUGUUUAAGCUCACGUGCUCGGAACUCAACGGACGCUUUACGAGUAACGAAUACGUGCAAACGUUGACAGUGGUUCAUCCUCGAGCCGCAGGUGAUGUACACGCUCAAAGGCCCAGUGGACUGGCCGAUAAACUUGACGCUGUUGUCAGAGAUAAGUCUGGUGAGGCGGCAGUGGCCGCUCAAGUUCCACGUGCGUUCGCUGCUCACGCCCUGCACUCCAUACAUUCCGCUGAUAUGCCUUCACCGCGUUUAUUGGAUAUUCAUCAUAGUAACAACAACAACGUAGCCCUCGUGAUCGGCGCGGUUUGCUUCGGCGCCGUGGUCGUGCUUAUAGCUCUGGGGAUCGCCCGCGCCCGCGCAUCGCGACACGACGCGACAUCGCGCGACUCACGUGCGACUGUCGCGCGUCACCGUGUGCCCGCGAACGACUCUGAAAUGGCCUGGGACGACUCUGCGUUGACUAUCACUGUCAACCCCAUGGACGAGAGCGCCCCUAAAUGUGGCGUGUCGACGAAUGGCGCAGUGGCGUGUGACAGCUCGGACGAGUCCUGCUCCGAUUCUGACACUGACAGGCAUGAUUCUUCCGACGAAGAGGAUGAAGUAAUACAAGGAAAGCAGCACAAGUACAGAAACAUAAGCCAGCUAGAGUGGGACAACAGCACGAUGUAAGCGUGCCGUCUCGCUCGCACACAGUACUUAACGCACUAUCGCCCUCUCACUCUCGCCCGCGCAAACACUAUAUCUCCGUCUCGCUUGCACAAAGGGAUAUGUAUUGAUAUUUGGAUGAGAAGAAUAUAAUGAUCGCAUAUGAUCCGCAAAUUGUUAAUAGCUAUUUUUUAAAUAUUAACGAAAUUUGUAUUUUGUUGUUUUUAUGCAUGAGUUUUUUAUCUGUUCUUGUUGUCUUUGACAUCUGUGUAUAUGUUGACAGUUAUUUCGUCAUAGACAAGUUGAUAUGUUACAGUUAAUUAGUCGCGUUUAUUUAGUAAUACAGUCAAAAUCUAUUAUAAUCAUAUUUGAUCGUAUGUACGACUGUACACUACUUUCACUCUACAGUCAAACCCGUAUACAACGGCAUCAUAUAGAACAACAUACUGGUUAUAUUGACCAAAACCAGGGGUCCAGGCUGAAUUCUUUCAGAUAGCUUAUUACAACAUAUCUCUAUAAGCGGCUACAUUUGACUGAUAUUUUCGGUCUAACGUCAUUAAGAUCGCAAAACUAACGUAACAAAAUACGUAUACGUCAACAUGCAGUAUCAUUCUCAUUUCUCUCCAAUCAGUUUGUUACGUAUCCGAACACAAGACGCAACAAAACAUGUCGUGAAACUUUUGAAGUCAAAAUUGAAACUUUAUCUUAAUAAUGAUAAAUUCUUUGAGUCGCAAAGAAAAAGAAAACAAAUCGCUGUAGAAGAAAAAUCGCGUACAUCAAAGCUUGAGAGUGAAAUUCCAAUCAAAGUUCGCGGCUAUGAUGUAUCACACUCGACAAUCUCAACCAUUUGGAAAGAGAUAAAAAAAAAGUUCAAACACCUAUUGGGAACAAUUUAUUGAAGCAAAACAACGAAGCAUACUAAGAUUGAAGCGUUGCUAAAGUGGUUUAAAUAUUAAAGGACAAAUAAUGUGCCAAUAAAUGGACCAAUUCUUCAACAAGCAAACGAUUUUGCUCUGGUUUGGUGAAGUUUGCUCGUCCAGUUGGAUUCAACGAUCGUUCGCGAAAAAAUGAGUGGUGAAGCUGCCAGUGUUAAUAGUGGUGUUGUAGAAGUACAAGAAGUUCAAGAGGAGAAUGAAGAGCAGAAAGAGACUGAACAAACAACAAUUUGCCAACUUUGGAUGAUGGUCCCGAAGCUGUAUUACGAAAAAUUCUUCAUUUAAUAAACAGUUUUCCAUGCAGGGAAAUUAUGAUAUGACAACUACAAAGUGCGUACUGUUAUACGAGUUUGUGGAUUCAAGUUUUAAAAAAAAAACUUAUUUUAAUUAUCUAUAUUUAAUAACUUGAAAUGAUUAAUACAAAUAAAAGAUUUAAAACUCGUAAUUAGGAUUGAAUAAAACAACCGUUCUGGAUAAGAUCUCUAAGCAGACUGACUGCUACCAAACUAAUGGUUUUUCUUUCCUUUUACUUAUGAUGACAUGACUGUCUUUAGUAUUGUGUUAGCAUUAAGGUUUACAUCUUAUGGGUAUAACAGUACGUACUGAAGUGUUUCAAACAAACUACAAUAACAGAUUUUGACUGUAUUACUUAUUUGUUUUAAAUUUAAAAAAAAAACUGUUUCAAGCAAGACUCCAGCGCAUUAGCAAAUCGCGGAUCGAAAAUCUCGAAUAUAUUCAUCAAAUAGUAUUUAGAAUUAAAAUUUUAUUUAACUCAUAUCAAUAAAUGUCCCAUCGCGAGAAUAUCGCACAUUUGUAUAAGGAAUUGAUUUUGUAAAAUGUUUAAGGGACAAUCGGUUAGGUUAGGCCGAAAUGGCCACGUCAGUCUCAAAAUAAUCAUAUCAGAUUUAUACGUAAUUGUUUCGCUUGCUUUAGUAUCAAAGGCUUUUCUAUGUUUCUAUAUGAAAUAGUAGGCGGUUGUAAGAAUAGUUAAGUAUGUAAAAUAUAUUAUAAGCGGUUCGAAUACUAUAUUUUCGCCCACGUUUCGUGACUUGUAACUACGACCUCCACCCGGAGUAUUUGCGUGAAUUCUUAAAGAUUCGAUUCGUUACAAGUCCCCCAUACCAGCAUUUAUUUAGUACAAGCGUUACGUACAAAUCCAUGUAGUUUUAUCCCUUUCGAGCUUUUUGACGGCUUAAAUUAUAUUAGGUACAGAGUUUGAAAUAUAGACUUACACAUAUACUAGGUCACUACUAAACUAUAUAUAUAUAUUUUGAAUGCGUUAAGAUUUUUACUAACAAUUAGAUAAGUACGUGUUAGUGUGCGCACGCACAAGGGGGGACACCCUAAGUAAGUAUAGUUAAAAUGUUUCUCGUACGGCACAUGCAUAUCAGCCUUAGAAUUAUCGAUUGGCGGUUUUUGUUGAUUUUGUCGGUUUUAUGCGUUGCGCGUGCCGUCCGGUUUUUUUUAAACGCGAUUUUUUAAUUAGUAUUACAGACAACGUACCGCAAAAUGCGGGUAGAAUAUACGAAAGGGCUCAUGUUUUAUGUUGUAAUGAGGGUAGUUGUAUUGUUUAUGGCAGCUUAUUAAACCCGACCUUAUAAGCAGAUUUUCUUUAAUGUUUUAGUGCCAUAUCUAUGCUUUGUCUCUAACUACCGUCCAAUGUCCUUUACGAUAAAUUUAAUACGUUUUGGUCCAGCACUCGAUUCACAAAUGCAGGCGUUUUGAAAUAUUUUCGUAUUAUUUUAUGGUAGCUAUUCUAUUUUUAAUUUUUUUUUUAUUCUGUAUUAACUGUAUUAAUUAGGUACUUCUUUGAUGUAUGAAUUAUUAUAUUUUAGCUAAAAAUAAAGUUGUUUUAAAGUA